AUGGUUGUAAACUCCUCCACAACUCGGUCUCCUCCUUCGUCUUCUCCAUCCCUCUCAAGUACCUUCUCCUCUACAUUCUCCAAGUCAAUCGCCCAACGACGUCAACAGAAGAAAAUGAGCAUUACACAAACAUACUACCUUGCUCACACCGCCCGCAAGAAGCUUACUCGGGAAGCUUCACGGGCGGACCACGAUCUCCGUCUCCUGGUUGGCCAUGCCAACCUACUUGAUUCAUUGAUGCUGGAUCUCGCCGACGCCGAGCAGGAACAGGAACGGUGGUUCAACCAGACUGUCAACGGAGCUAGCAAAUCCUCUCAAAUCUCACAGCCUCGACACAUCCAAUGGGCCGACGCUCUGAUUGAAGAGCCCGAGGAAGACUGGGAUCCCGAAGACGCCUCGGAUCUUGACUCGGAUAGUGACGACUCGGACUCUGAUGCUGAAGACUACGAAGAGGAACCAGUAUUUGCCACGAUCAAGAUGCCCAUCCGGCAACGGGCACCAUCGCCCGUGGCUGUCAUCACCGAGAAAGAAGUGGAUGAGGACUACGAUUCGGAUUCGGACUCGGAUUUUGAAUACGACGAUGUCGAAGAUCUGGAUGAGCUCAUUUUGACUCGCUCACCAUCACGACAAACCCCUCCCGAGCUCUCCUCAGACUCUGACGAGGACUCUGAGGAUGAUGCUACGCCUCCUUCACCACCGCAACCCACGCUGGCCAGUUUCUCAGAGAAGCAGCCUCAAUCGGCCGAGCUUCCACUUGCCGACCCUGAAUAUGGGCCGGGGUAUUACGUUACUGGACAGGAGCAAAGCACAUUCAUCGAGGCGUACUGA